GGUUCAGCUUCCGCGGCGGCCCCGGCAUGAGGCUCUCAGCGGCGGCCUGGAUUUCCCAUGGGCGGGUGCAGCGGCGCUUCGGCCUCGGGCCCCGCUCGCGCCUCGACCUGCUGCGGAACCUUGUCACGGGCCUAGUACGACACGAGCGGAUAGAGGCGCCCCGCGCUCGCGUAGACGAGAUGCGCUUCUACGCCGAGCACUUGAUUGACUACGCCAAGCGCGGCGACAGCGACCCCAGAGCCAUGCGCAUGGCCGACUUCUGGCUGACGGAGAAGGACCUGAUCCACAAACUCUUUAAAGUGUUGGUUCCGCGCUUCCAGGCUCACACGGGGCACUACACACGCAUGCAGCAGAUUCCCAACCGGGAAAACCUGGACCGGGCUAAGAUGGCUGUGAUCGAAUACAAGGGGAACCCUCUGCCCCCGCUACCCCUUCCACACCGGGACAGUGACAAGACCCUGGUGAACCAGCUGCUGAAGGGCUACCGGGAGGACGUGCUCAGCGCCAGAGAAGCCCAGCAGGGCCCCCCCACAGGCACGGCUGUGUAGAACCUCUUGCGCCAUCCUCCUUUCCUCCCUGGUGGACGGUGUUUAUGCCUGUAGCGCUCCACUGGGCCUAAAGGCAGUGGAGUCCUUUCAGCUGUUGCAUCCCUGCCUUCUCUUGACAAUGCUGAGUGGGAUUUCUCUUUGAGAGCUCAGUCUGCUUUCAUCGGCUGCGCUAGGCAGCAUAGUAAUUCCCUCAUUCUGUAGGAGUGUAAACUUAAAAGGAGAGCAGCUCUGUUGCCUUUGUUCACUUGGAAAUAAAUAUGGCCGCUGGGCAAAUGCA